AUGGAUGCUAUCUUAUCCCCAACCCCCUACCACAUCCUCAGCUACGGCACCCUCCUCGGCGCCAACCUCUACAACACCUUCGUCGCCAGCAUCCUUUCCUUCCGCACCCUCCCCCGCCCGCACUUCUCCGCUCUCCAAUCCGCCUCCUUCCCCAUCUACUUCACCAUCCAAACCGCCCUCCCCCUUGCCAUGGCCCUCACCUACCCCUCCCCCUCCACCUCCAGCUCCGGUCCGCGCGCCCUCCUCGCCCACGGCACCCUCGCCACGAAAACUCUCCUCGCCAUCAUGUUCCUGGGGGGGUUGGUGAAUAAAGCGGUGUUGGGCCCGAUGACGAACGCAGCGAUGAGGCGGCGGAAGGCACAGGAGACGAGGGAGGGGAAGCGGGCGGGGGAGGGGCGGGAUGCGCCGGUGAGUGGGGAGAUGAGGGCGCUGAAUCGCCGGUUUGGGGUGUUGCAUGGGGUGUCGUCGUUGGUGAAUUUGGCGAGCGUGCUGGCGAGCGUGGGAUAUGCGUUUGAGUUAUCACAACGGAUUGCAUGA